AUGUCUGCUGAAUGCAAUAUUGUUAGUGAGCGUUACACGCACCACAGUAACGAUGAGAAACAACCAACGACUUUGGUCCACAAUGCUGGGGAUAGCAGAAAUAGUCUUUUGGAUGAUGAACAAGCUUACGUUAAUCGUUUCGUCGGUGACUUAAUGGAUGUUGUAUGUGCUUGGGCUGAAGGUGUGAGUUUUUCUCGACUUUGUGAAUUGACAAGUGCGUUCGAAGGUAGUGUGAUUAGAUGUAUCAGAAGGUUGGAAGAACUUCUACGUCAAAUGCAUAAUGCAGCAAAAGUAGCAGGAAACUCAGAAUUGGAAAAUAAGUUUUUAGAAGCUGUAAUCCUGAUUAAAAGAGAUAUUAUUUUCUCUGCGAGCUUAUAUCUUUAA